CCGUGUACAGUGUUGCAUUGCGGAAUACAGAUGAUCUACAUACACUGUACACGCUGGAAGUGGAAAGCAACCUUGAUAUAUGGCAGCAUGGCCUUCCAGGAGUCAGAGAAGCGGUCGUGAUGCCCACACCCGAGAACAGAGAUGUCUUCUUUGAAGUGAUGGAGAGGAAUGGCAUCGGAUUUUAUGAAAAGAUACAUGAUGUCGCUGAAGCACUAGAAAAAAAUGAAAAUGACCAGUUGGAAAAAGGGAUGAACAGAAAUAAUGCUGUACCGUUUAAUAAAUAUCCCAGAUAUGCAGAGGUCGACGAGUACUUGGAGAGAAUAGCCAGACAAUAUCCCGAUAUUGUUACAUUGAUAAAUGCUGGUCCCAGUUUUGAAGGUAGAGCUGUUAAAUAUUUGAAGAUAUCAACAUCCAACUUCACUGACCCGAAAAAGCCUAUUUACUUCAUGGACGCGACAAUACAUGCUCGUGAGUGGGUGACAACUCCGGUCGCUCUCUAUUCCAUACACAGAUUGGUAGAAGAUCUACGGACCGAUGAAAGAGAUCUUUUGGAGGAUAUUGACUGGAUCAUUCUCCCAAUUGUUAAUCCUGAUGGCUACGAGUAUUCACAUACUAAUGAGCGUCUUUGGCGCCGUACGCGUUCCUAUCGUCCAGAAAUUAACGAGACCUGCUACGGCGUAGACGGAAACAGAAAUUUCGAUGUCAACUUUAACACCUUGGGUAUUUCCUCUGAUCCUUGCUCCAACGUCUACCCAGGCCCUGAACCCUUCUCAGAACCUGAGACCCAGUACGUAAGAGAUAUUCUACAAGAUGACAGGAUCCAAAUAUAUUUGAAUAUACACAGUCAUGGGAAUUAUAUUCUGUAUGGUUUUGGAAAUGCAAGUCUGCCACAGAAUGUUUUAUCAUUACAUCAAGUCGGUGCUUCUAUGGGAGCAAGUAUAGACACAAAGAAGUUGGAUAAAGCUAGAUUUUACGCUGUGGGCAACAGCAAUUUAGUUUUAUAUGGAAGUUCGGGCAGCGCACAGGAUUAUGGACAGCUCUUAGUUCCAUUCUCGUACACUCUGGAACUACCUGGUUAUGAGUAUAGUUUCGAUGUUCCUGACGACUACAUUAACCAGAUAAACGUGGAGACCUGGGCUGGUAUUGUAGAUUCAGCUCGUCUAAUAAAGCUGUUUUACGCAGAAAGAAUCAAUUCAGAAAGUUAAUUAAAUUUCAUAAAUCGUAAGACAAAUUAGUGAAAAUAAAA